CGGGAUUGGCAGAGCCAGAGGCCGGAGUAGCGGACCGGGCGUCUGGUCGCAGUCCGAGGUGCUGCCGGCACCACAUCCAAAGCCCACGCUGGGAGCCUGGCCGGGAAGCGCGCACCAUGCCCUACGUGCUCAUCAGCACCCAGAUCCGCAUGGAGGUGGGUCCCACCAUGGUGGGCGAUGAGUACUCCGAUCCGGAGCUGAUGCACCAUUUGGGGGCCUCAAAAAGAGGCGUCCUGGGAAACAACUUUUACGAGUACUACGUCAAUGACCCUCCUCGAAUCGUCCUGGACAAGCUGGAACGCAGGGGCUUCCGCGUGCUCAGCAUGACAGGCGUGGGCCAGACGCUGGUGUGGUGCCUGCACAAGGAGUGACCUCCCUGUGAGGAGGGACAGGGCACCCUUCUCCGAGUGGUUGCCGAUGGGCCCCGAUCCCAAGCCCCCCUCGCUCGCGGCCCUGCCUUUUCCCAAAUUGUCCUUUUCCCUCGGACCAGCGCCACGGGCAGUGCACGGCCCUCUGAAACCUGCUCCGGGCUGCCCCUCCGCCUCCCCGCUGGGGGGGGUUCUGGAGGAGUCCCCGUUCAUGGGCAGCCUGUGUCAGGAGCCCUGGCCCUGAGCCUGGGCGGUGGGGCCUGUGCCGCGAAUCUAGGCCAAUAAAGGGCUGUGAUGA